UCGGCUGCCCGCGGGUGGGCGAGGCUCGGCGGGGCGGCGGCGAGUGCUCGGCUGGCGGGACGCCUGCGAGCCCGCACGGCCGGGCGCUGCUGCCCCUGCCUUCCGCCCGGUCACCCGGGACGUUGCGCUCUGAGGUGUUUCUGGAUGCUCGCCGGCUUCCCGGCACGGACGGUGGAAAAGUUGUUGCCGGCUGAACGCGCUGCCUGAGAGCCACACGGGUGGUCCGGCCAGCCGGCUUCCGGCGUCGAACUGUCGAUGUAGCUCGUCACCCGAGCAGAUUCUGUGGACAUGCUGAGGAGAAAAGUGCCCCUCAGAUGAGCGUGGCCGGCGACCAGUCUUUCCCGAAGGCGAUGGCAGGGACCAAAACAAGCCUGUUUUGGUUUGUUGCUGCAAACUGAGAGAAGCAGGCUGAGGGCUGCCAGGCAGGAUGGAUCCCUGUGGAAACCCGGCAGUGCCUGGUGGCGACUGUCCCCAGACUAGGGGACCGGGGCUCCAGGGGUCGUCUGGCCAGGAGGGUCCUCUGCAGGGCAUUUGCGUGGACAGCAGCCACAGUGAACAUGAAGACCGAAACAGAAUGUCUGAAGAGCUUAUAAUGGUUGUCCAAGAAAUGAAAAAGUAUUUCCCAGCCGAGAGACACACUAAACCCAGCACCCUAGAUGCCCUUAACUAUGCCCUACGCUGUGUACAUAGUGUGCAAGCAAACAGUGAAUUUUUCCAGAGUCUCAGUCCACGUGGAGCACGUCAGGCAGAAGCGACUGUAUAUAAUCUCGAGGAGCUGACCUCUCUGGCUUCUGAACAUACUUCCAAGAACACAGAUACCUUCGUGGCAGUGUUUUCGUUUCUGUCUGGAAGGCUGGUGCACAUUUCUGAACAGGCUGCUUGGAUCCUGAAUUCUAAGAAAGGUUUCCUCAAGAGCUUGCACUUCGUCGACCUGCUUGCCCCUCGGGACGUGAGGGUGUUCUACGCUCACACCGCUCCAGCUCAACUCCCUUUCUGGAACACCUGCACCCAGAGAGCCUCGCAGUAUGAAUGCGCACCAGUGAAGCCCUUUUUCUGCAGAAUCUGUGGCGGUGGAGACAGGGAGCAGAAGAGACAUUACUCCCCAUUCCGGAUCCUCCCCUACUUGGUCCAUGUACACAGCCCUGCCCAGCCAGAGCCAGAGCCUUGCUGUCUAACACUGGUUGAAAAGAUUCACUCUGGUUACGAAGCUCCUCGAAUCCCUGUAGAUAAAAGAGUUUUUACCACAACACACACGCCGGGAUGUGUGUUUCUUGAAGUAGAUGAAAGAGCAGUGCCUUUGCUGGGUUUCCUACCUCAGGAUCUGAUUGGAACGUCGAUCUUAACGUACUUGCACCCAGAAGAUCGGCCUCUGAUGGUUGCCGUACACCAAAAAGUUUUAAAGUACGUGGGCCACCCUCCAUUUGAACACUCACCCAUAAGAUUCUGCACGCAGAAUGGAGAUUAUGUCAUUCUGGAUUCCAGCUGGUCCAGCUUUGUGAACCCCUGGAGCCGGAAGGUCUCCUUCAUCAUUGGUCGACAUAAAGUCCGAACGAGCCCGUUAAAUGAAGAUGUUUUUGCCACCAGAAUAAAAAAGGCAACCAGUCACGACGAAGACAUAACAGAAUUACAAGAACAAAUUCACAGACUUCUCUUGCAGCCGGUUCAUGCCAGUGCUUCCAGUGGCUACGGGAGCCUGGGCAGCAGUGGCUCGCAGGAGCAGCACAUCAGCGUCACCUCUUCCAGUGAGUCAAGCGGACACUGUGCAGAGGAAGCCCAGCAGGAGCAGAUGACCCUGCAGCAGGUCUAUGCCAGUGUAAACAAAAUUAAGAAUGUGGGCCAACAGCUCUACAUCGAGUCGAUGGCCAGAUCGUCGGUGAAGCCAGUGAUGGAGACGUGCGCGGAACCGCAGGGUAGUGAUGAGCAGAAGGACUUUUCUUCCUCUCAGACACUGAAAAAUAAAAGCACAGAUACCGGCUCUGGAGGCGAUCUGCGGCCAGAGCAGCACAGCUCGUCCUAUCAGCAGAUGAACUGCAUCGACAGUGUCAUCAGGUACCUGACAAGCUACAGUUUCCCAGCCUUGAAAAGAAAGUGCAUCUCCUGCACAAACACGUCUUCAUCCUCAGAGGAAGCCAAGCCAAACCCAGAGGCAGACGGCAGCCUGCGAGACACCGAACGGCUCCUGGACAUUCCAGAACAGGAAACAACCGGGCCAUCCGCAGACGCCGAGGGAGGUGUUGCACGGACCCUGUCCACCGCCGCACUGAGCGUGGCGUCUGGCGUAAGCCAGUGCAGCUGCAGCAGCACCACGGACCACGUCCUGCCCCUACAGUCAGAAAGUGUUGCCGGAGCGUGUGAGCCCUGGGCCCCGAGAACGAAGGCUCACGUGACUCCAGAAGGAUUCAAGCCCGUGGGGCUCACAGCGGCCGUCCUCUCCGCGCACACGCAGAAGGAAGAGCAGAACUAUGUUGACAGGUUCCGGGAGAAGAUCCUGACCUCGCCCUACGGUUGUUAUCUUCAGCAAGAAGGCAGGAACCAUGCCAAGUACGCCUGCGUCGGAGCAGCAGGGUCCACCCCUAAGCACAGCAGAUGUGCUGGAAGUGAGAGACGGAAGCACAAACGGAAGAAGCUGCCGACGCCUGUGGACAGCAGCAGCUCCAGUGCCCACCUCUGUCCCCAUGUCAGAGGACUCCUUCCAGAUGUGCAGCACUGGAGCGCUUCCGUUACCUCUCCCUGUGCUGCAGGCCUAGCUCUCCCCUCAGCCCUGGUGGUUCCCAGCCAGACCCCAUAUCUCCUCUCCUCUUUUCCCCUUCAAGACAUGGCCUCUCAGGGAGUAGGGGACUCCGCAGCCUGGGGAGCUGCAGCCGAAUGUCCACCUCUGUCUGCUGGUCCCCAGCCUGUUUCCACGUUCCCUUCUGCUUACAUGGGUACUUUCAUGACCGUCCUCCUGCACAACAGCCCUCUCUUUCCUCUGUGGCCGGCAUCAUUCUCUCCAUAUCCAUUCCUGGGGGCCACAGGUCCUUCUCAAAUGGCACCCUUAGUACAAGCAAUGGCUUCAGACCUGGAACCAACCCCUUCAGACCACAGCCCAAGGAGAGUGGAGGAGAACUGGGAGUCACACAGCGAAGAAGAGCAUCCAUUUAUUAGCUCACGGAGCAGUUCACCGUUGCAGUUAAAUUUACUCCAGGAGGAAAUGCCUGCACCAUCAGAGUGUGCAGAUGCAGUGAGAGGAGGCGCCUGCCCAGACGCUAAGCAACUCUGUGUUACAGGUAACAGUGGCAGUAGGAGCCGUCCCUGUGCCACGGGUGAGCUGGCCACAGCAUCAGUACAGCAAGAGUCUCCAUCCGCAGCUGCCUCAGGGAGCAGUGCCAGCAGUGUACACGGCAGUGGCAGUGACUACACUUCUGAAGUCUCUGAAAACGGACAGAGGUCACAGGACAGACAGAGAGACAGAACCUUUUCCGGGGCGGCUGAAGAAUCUAUCUGGAGAAUGAUAGAGCGGACGCCAGAGUGUGUUCUCAUGACAUACCAGGUGCCGGAGAGGGGUAGAGACACGGUGCUGAGGGAAGACCUGGAAAAGCUUCACAGCAUGGAGCAGCAGCAGCCCCAGUUCUCUCCUGCGCAGAAGGAGGAGCUGGCCAAGGUGCGGUCCUGGAUCCACAGCCACCCUGCCCCUGAGGACAGACAGCUCCAAAGCUAUGUCGCCUGUGAAAACAGAGGUUCAGUUGGUGACACUGCAGAGGCCUGUGAACAGUGUCCAGCAGAAGACACCAGUUGAGCAGCUGUGAAGAUGUCCCACCCUCUCCAGGUCAUGUGGAACACAGAGACGUGUGUCACCUCAUUACAGUCUCUGAAAUGGCAGUCAUCAACAUUAAGAUCUUCCCUGGCUUUGUUCUGGUUUGGUUUUGGUUUUGGUGGCGCUGGGGAUCAAACCCAGGGCCUCGCCUCCGCCAGGCUGGCACUCCCCACUGCUGACCUGUAUCCCCAGUCCUCCCUUCUUGGUUUCCAACAGAUGA